CCGAUGACAGCGACUCAGGCUUGUCUUGUCGAUAAACAAUUUCCCCGACUCUUUUGGAGACUUGCAUUUUCUGGCUUCAUCGUGAACAAUAGCAUCUAUUUGAUUGUCUAUUUUGUGCGAUUUAUUUGGUCUCUUAAACACCAGCAUAUUCUGCGCCCUGAAUUAGACGUUAUACGUCCAUCCCGAACUCUCCGAUCUCGGUCCCCGGUUUCCCGCGACGUCAUUAUCUCCUAUUCGUCGAGUUCACCGCGCCCUCACCACAACAUCACAAAGACUGAAGAUAGGGUGUAUAUCAUGGAUUUAGGGCUCUUCUGCCAAUAACACGUUCUUGAUUUGCCACCAUGGCAACACCUACUUCCACAGCCAUGACGCGCCCUGCUGCGAUGCCGAGUGCGAAGACGUCGCAAGACUCGAAAUAUAAUACGUCACAGCUCCCAGCACGGAUUUUAGCUGACAUUGCAGCUGCUUCGUGUGCAGCAGUAUCGAUAACACCUAUAAUCACCCUCAUUGACCGGUCCAUCAUGGAGACCGCUUCCUCCGUACACCCAACCAUCAUGUCCUCAUUACGCUCCUCGAUACGAUCCAUCACCGCAAACCCUUUCCACACACUUCUCUCACGCCCCUUCGCUCUCGUCUUCAUGCUCUACGGCGGCACCUACCUUACGGCCAACACACUCGACACCGCAUCCUCUGCGAUCUCCAACAAGCCCGCCAGCAGUAUAACCUCGGGUGCUGCCAAAUUCGCAGCGUCAUCUACCGCCAACAUCUCUCUAUGUGUUUACAAGGACCAGGCGUUUGUCAAGCUCUUUGGCCCAACGACUGCCGCGGCACCAAGACCUGUCCCGCUGCCCUGCUAUGCCAUCUUUGCGAUGAGAGACGCGCUGACGAUAUUUGCAUCGUUUAAUGUCCCGCCAUUGCUGGCGCCGUACAUUGAUGCGUCCAGUCUCAAGCUGCCUGUUUCGGGCGUUACGGCGGCCCAGUUUGCUGCACCAGCGUCUGUGCAGCUCAUAUCGACGCCGCUACAUCUGUUUGGGCUCGACUUGUAUAACCGCCCGGGUCUGAGCUUUGGCGAGAGAUGGCAGAUGGUUAAAUCGAAUUGGGCGGUAUGCGCGGCCGCGCGUAUCGGACGAAUCAUUCCUGCGUUUGGCGUGGGCGGCGUGGUGAAUAUGAAGGUUCGCAAGACCUUGAUGACGAAACUGGAAUAGUUUACAGGUUUUGGCGUUUUGCUUCUUCUUACUGUGUUGUUGUAUUUGUACGCAAACAUAUAUUGGCGUUUUAUUGCAUUAAUUAAGGUAUUUUGUUAUUUUAUUAAUUCAUUCAUAUCAAGUUC